AUGCUAGUGUACAUCUACCGCUGUUCCUUCCCUCCUCCCCCCCCCGUGGUUCCUACCCUCCUCCCCCCCUCCUACCGCGGUUCCUACCCUCCCCCCCCCGUGGUUCCUACCCUCCUCCCCCCCUCCUACCGUGGUUCCUACCCUUCUCCCCCCCCUCCCACCGUGGUUCCUACCCUCCUCCCCCCCUCCUACCGUGGUUCCUACCCUUCUCCCCCCCCUCCUACCGUGGUUCCUACCCUUCUCCCCCCCCUCCUACCGUGGUUCCUACCCUCCUACCGCGGUUCCUACCCUCCUCCUACCGCGGUUCCUACCCUCCUACCGCGGUUCCUACCCUCCUACCGCGGUUCCUACCCUCCUCCCACCGCGGUUCCUACCCUCCUACCGCGGAUCCUACCCUCUCCUACCGCGGUUCCUACCCUCCUACCGCGGUUCCUACCCUCCUCCCACCGCGGUUCCUACCCUCCUCCCCCUCCUACCGCGGAUCCUACCCUCUCCUACCGCGUGUUCCUACCCUCCUCCUACUACCCUCCUCCCCUCCUACCGUGGCUCCUCCCCUCCUACCGUGGUUCCUACCCUUCUCCCCCCCCUCCUACCGUGGUUCCUACCCUCCCACCGCGGUUCCUACCCUCCUCCUACCGCGGUUCCUACCCUCCUCCUACCGUGGUUCCUACCCUCCUACCGCGGUUCCUACCCUCCUACCGCGGUUCCUACCCUCCUCCCACCGCGGUUCCUACCCUCCUCCCCCUCCUACCGCGGAUCCUACCCUCUCCUACCGCGGUUCCUACCCUCCCCCUCCUACCGCGGUUCCUACUCUCCUCCCCCCCUACAGUGUACCUACCCUCCUCCUACUACCCUCCUCCCCUCCUACCGUGGCUCCUCCCCUCCUACCGCGGCUCCUCCUCUCCUACCGCGGUUUCUACCCUCCUCCCCUCCUGA